AUGGAAUCUAUAAUUAACCAGAUAAAAAAUAUAACACCCAAAUUAAAGGGUUCCAAUAGACCGGAGUUGGAUAUUAGUUCACUUCUAAUAGCCAAUCCAAGAGUAUUCAAAUCAGAUGAAAUAUCUGAUAAUGAAAAUAAUGUUAUUAAUACUGCUACUAUUAGUAAAAUCCCAAUUGAGAAUACGAAUAACUUAAUGGAAAAAAUACCUAAGAAUAAAUCUGCAUACCUAAAAGAAAACAUACAGUUGGUAGGGAAAGGAUCAAGUUAUAAUAGAAAAUUGGUCCAAAAAUUUCUUGAAGGUUCAUAUCCGCAGGCCAAGAGAUUAAAAACCCUGCAACAAAAUGAACUUUAUGAUAAGGAGGCAGCAAAAAAAAUUUCUAGAAAUAUCAAAAUGUUGCAAAAAAUAAAAAAUGGCGAGGCAAUGCUGUUUAACAAGUUUCACAAAAGUUUGGCAGAUAUUGUAUCCCUAUUGGUGAAUUUAACCGAUACAACCACAUUUUAUGAAUUUGAUGGGGGUGCCAAUACUAAUAAUAAUAUUUACCAUAAAGAAUCCUUUAAAGAAAUUCCACCUAUACCCAAUUUUGGAAAAGACAUUGAAAAAUUUGAGGCUUAUAUUGGACUAUUAACCCACACAAAAUUUCAUUUUAAAAGUUCUUCUAGAGUAAAUGGUAUCAUUUCAAAAAUAUUAAGGUGUUUAUUGAAUUUAAAUAACGUUUCGACCAUGGACCUUCGGACAGUAGAGAGUUAUAACCAUGUAAUCUUUUUUUUCCUUAACUUGGGUGAUUUUGCUUCAUGUAGGGAAUUUUUUGUACAAAUGAAAUAUGAAAGUUUGAACCCAAACACACAAACAUACAACUUGCUUUUGAAGGGGAUUGUUAAAAAAAUACACACCAGAUUUAAUAGCGUUGAUCCGUUGAAAGAGGUGACAUAUUACUUAAAGAAAAUGAAGAAAAAUAGGGUAAGAGCAGAUCAAUAUACGUGGUGUUUAUGUUAUAGGACUUUGUUAGAUAAGAUCUCCAAACAAAUAUUUUUGGAUAAAAUGGCAGAGUAUAAAAUCCCCUCGUCAUCAAAAUUAGCAUACACCAUUUUAAAAGAAAAUAGUGAAGAUAUGACUGCUACGCAACUAUUAGAAUGUAUAAAAAAAUCGGACAUUACUUUAACCACAGAUAUUUUUAAUUUAGUCGUUUCAAAAUUAUUAAGCGAGGGAAAUCAGAAAAUGGCCUGGGUAUUUGUCAAGCACGUCAAGGAAAAGGAAUUACAAGACAAUUUUGAUGAGGUGGCACCUCAUGUUAAUGUAAAUACCACAUGCUUAAAUCUAUUUUUGAAUAAUUUGGCUGAACUUGGUAGACUCGAUCUUUGUUUUUUAACCUUUAACACCAUGCGUAAAAAAUUCAAGGUUUAUGCAGAUGCGAAAAGUUAUGAUUUGUUAUAUAAAUGCUUGGCCAGAAGGGGAUAUAUUAAAAAUUUUACUUCCAUCUUAAACUAUAUACAAGAACUUCAAUUUACGUACACCAAAAAAUUGAAUAUUUCACCUUAUUGGAGAUUAAAAGCUACAGCUAUAGCCAAAUAUAACAUUAAAACACUAUACAAUAAGGAUAUGAAUGAAAAGGUACCAUUACAUGUGAAAACCAUGUUAGAUAAUUUAUUAUGGAAGGAUGGAUUUGUUUUUGAUACGGCCACCUCAAAAGAUUAUAGACAUAUGAGACCGCUAUGGCGAUAUUUGGGAUCUAAUUUUUUUAAAAAGAAAAAAGAAACAGAAAAAUGUGACAGUACCAAAAUACAACGCAAUACAACUCAAACAGAUUCUAUUAAAAAAUCAAAGUUUAAAGCCCGUAAAAAGUAUAUUGCGAUCCAAAAUGCAUUAAUUAAUAAGAUACCGUAUGCCAAAAAUAACGCAUAUAUUACAUUACAGUUGGAACUAUUAAAAAGAGGGAUUAUACAAAAGGAUGCGGCUUUCAACUCUAACAAAAAUAUUAGUAUUAUAAAUGAAAUUCAAGGAAAAAAUAUUGAUGAUUAA